GUCCACAUUGAGUUGAAAUAGAUGUACUUUCUCUUCUAAGAAAAUGACUGCUGGACAUUACAAAGCGAUGCGAUGAUCGACCCAUAGUUCCUCGUUUAUUUCAACAAUACAUUGAUUUACUGGAAUAUCAAUCAGUUCAUAAUGUAACUUAAGAAGGAAGGAGAUCAAUAUACAAACUUGGGUUUUUCUUAACGAUCGAUAUUUGGCCGCAAUCUCGGCAAUUAUUGCUCACUAAUCAGCGGAAAGCGAAACGACUUUUCAAAGUCACGACAUGUCGGCAUCACGGCGGGGUGACGAAAAGAAGUCGGGCUUCAACAUGCCCAGGAGCCUGAUCAAGGUGGCUCCAGUGGUGGAGACGGAUACCCUCCCGGAGAAGAAGGACAUCCAGACUGUGAGUGGGGGGCUCCAGGCUCCUUCCAGUAAGGCUCCUCCUCCAGUAUUCCCGGAUGAUAUCCCGCUCCAUAUGCGGUACAGGGACAAGGUGUCCUGGUGGGCCAUCCUGUACCGGUCUGUUCCUGAUGCGAUCGGAAUCGGAGGGAUGAAGUAUGCCUUCAACCCGGCGGAGGUCAAGUGGAGAAGAUUCUCUUGGCUUUUGCUUGUGAUGGGUGCAUUUGGUGCUCUGACCUACCAAGUCGUUGACAGGGCACAGCAUUUUGCCAGUCAUCCUAAGAGCGUGGACGUGUCCAUCAACUACACAGCACCAAUCACUUUUCCUUCAGUCGCAAUAUGUAACUAUAACACAUUCAGAGCUUCUCUGUUGUCAGGAACUGAGCUUGGUGAUUUCCUGACCACCGCUGCUACUGAUCCUUCUUCUCUCGACAUGAAUAAUUAUUACGAUAUACUGACCUCCACUAAUAUGAGCUAUCUGAUGAAAAACUACGCCCAUGAACUGAAUCUGUCCGUCUUAUUUGCAAACUUUGGUGGGUCAGAUAUUGACAGAGAGGCAAACUUCUCGAUAGCCCUGACCGAAUGGGGACCUUGUUUUAUUUUCAACGAUGCUAAUAAUGGUUACCCACCUGCAACUGUGGAACGUGCAGGUAAAGCGUACGGGUUGGAAUUAAUGCUUGAUGUCCAACAGUGGGAGUACUUCUUCGGACCGUUCAAUCGUAUCUCGGCAGGAUUCCAGAUCCUUCUUUACGACUACGGUUCCGUGCCCAUGGUCGAAGAUCACGGCUUCGGUAUCUCACCCGGAACCCAUGCCCAUGUCGGAAUCGAAGUUACCGAUGUAAAUAAUCUGGAACCCCCCUUUGGUUCGUGCGAAGAUAAAGAAUUAAAAUACUUUGAUCACUACGGCUAUGCGGAGUGCGACCAUGAAUGCAAAGGCGACUUCUAUAUUGAAAAAUGCGGAUGCGUGCCCUGGGCUGCCCCAGAAAACGAUUCUUUAGUGGAGUGCAACAACUGGGAACUGUAUACUUGUGUUUUUCCAAAUUCCGCGCUGUUUGUAACCAACCAUACUUGCGAUUGUCCAGUGCCUUGUAGUUUUCGGACCUACAAGCCUACAGUCUCGACGACACAGUUCCCGUCGACGUUCUGGACUAAUGUCUAUUCUGCGAUAUAUGGUUUCCCUGCAGAGGUUUUUCCAGAAAACAUCUGUUAUCUAUCGAUAUACUUUCAAGAGAUGAGUAUUCAACAGAUAAAUCAACAGGUUGAUUACACGUUCUUCAGUUUACUUUGUGACAUUGGCGGCUCUCUGGGACUCUGGCUCGGCGGCAGCGUACUCACUGUAUUUGAAUUUUGCGAUCUUUUUAGUAAUUCAAUUUAUGUCUACACGAAACGAGUGCCAAAUAAAUUUUGAAACUAUAAACGCCCAUUGAAAAUACGUAUUAUUUUGUAAGAUUAUAAUAAUUCUUUCACAAUGCAAUUUUGUCGCAGGGCAGUACAUAAUUAUAAAGAUAACUUAUAUAGAUAAGUUAUCUUU